GCGAUUUUUUUGUAAUUUUUAUUUUUUAUUUUUUUUUCCUCGAGCAAGUGGCAGUGUGCAAAAAAAUUAACUGCCAGAUGCCAGAGGUUGACUGCGUUGUUGUAUGUAUAUAGGUGUGGUGUGGGUUGGCUGCUGUAAAGAGAAAAGCAACUCGAAGAUUGCGAGGAAAGGCUACGCCGGGCCGGAGACACCAGACACGCUAAAAUCUUGAUCUUGAAGUUCGUUCGCAACAAGAGUCGUUCGUCUGACGCCGCCAGCCGCAGCAAGAAAGCCAAGAAAUCUGGCUUUUAGCUUUAGCUGAUUGAAAAGCAUAUGCUAUGGACCAUUUGCCGAAAGUGAUCGGUGGAGCUGCUGUCGCCACAGCAAGCCUCCUUUUCAAUGGCUACAUUGCUGAAAAUUGGGUAACUUUGGCCAGCUUUCCAGUUGGUGUAUAUGUGGGAGAAGUGACCACCAGGAUUUUCCUAUAUGCAAAAACAUUCUCCCCAAAGUCGCCCCUGAUAGAUAAAUAUUCUCUGUUGGACUUCUUCACAUCUAAUGAAAAGAAUCUUUCAUUGGUGGCGCUGCCACUUACUUCUCUAUAUGCUCUGCGGCACUGGGAAAGUCAAGGGUUGGCUGUGGCAGUCGGAGCCCUCUCAACCUUUCUAGCUCGAACCCUGCUAUUAAAAUCCUCUCCAUUGGUCGUCAAACAAAUGUUUGGUAGAGAUUUGAAUGGAAUCUACUAUGGACCUGCCAUUGCAUACAGCUAUUUUUAUGGCUAUUUCAAAAUCAUCCUGUUUCCUCAGGCUGAGGGACAAUCAUUCAAAAACAAAAUUGACGACUAUAUCGAGGCAAACAAAAGUGACACUGGAAAAAAGAUUUCCGUUCCAGACAAGCGUCUGCAAAUCCUGAUUCCUCUUUCUGGUGAAUUCAUUAGACAUUCCAGUUUGGCUGACAACUCUGAUGAUUGGAUUGUUCGAGCCAAAACUCCUGCCAUGGUUGAGGUUGACAGGGGUGCUAUUGGCGGUAGAAAAUAUCACAACACAAUGUACAGGAUCAAAAAACCUGAGAGCGAAGACGAGCCUGUUUAUGUUGUCGCAGAAUAUGCAACUCCAAUUAUCACUUACGUCGAAGCCUGCAAGUUCUCUGGUGAAACUGAUCUGAUGGAUUACAAGAGGGAGGCAAUCCUAAGUUUCACUGAAACUCUACAGCGGCUGAUUGAUAUGGAAAGUGAAACUAAAGACAACGUGAACUUGAUUCUCUAUGAGGGCGUAGACGAAAAAGGAAACCCUGUUAACUUGGCUCAUGUUCUUCUUAAAAACAUCCUACCUAAUAACUAAUUUUGUACGGCCAUUGUAUAACUGAAAACCUGUUGGCAGCAUUAAGAAGCCUUUUUUUAGACGAAUUAUUCUCUUGGGAUGGAUGAAAUCGAUUUCAGAGUUAAGACACACCAGUAAGAUGAAAUUUUGAAAAAUAAAUAAUGAUUCUCAUUUAAAAUGUUGCGCUAUAACAUUGAGUAAAAAUCAGUACAAAUAUAAAAAAUGGAUUUAUUGGCAUAUUGCUCAAAAUAAGCAACGAUGUAUAUGAUAAAUUAAUCUGCUUGUAAAGCACUUGAAAAUUAUUGUGAUAGAAGUGAUUGACAAUUUUUUUAAUUUUGCAUAAUAAAGACACAUUGAUGUAAAAUUCUUGCAUCA